CACUCUCUCUUUCUCUUUCUCUAUCUUUCGUUCGUCGCCGUGCAUGACUGUUUCGUCCGUGUUUCUCUCUCUCUCUCUCUCUCUCUCUAUCUCCCUCUUUUUGUCCUGUAUUUUUGUGCACGCGACACGCGCACGGCGAACGCACACGCAUAACUCCGCGUAUGAACGCGCGUGACUGACAGAUAGAGAGGGAAGGAAAGAGAGGGAGGGAGGAAAGGAGAGAGAAAGAGAGAGAGAGAGAGAGAGAGAAAGAGAGAGAGGACAAGUCGUCCGUCUCCGUCUCGCAUGGUCAUACACGUACGCGUACACACAAGUGUGCGCGCGCACAUCGCGAGCAGCAGCAGCAACGUGGCAGAAGGUGAAGAAGGCGGGCGAAGAGCACCGCGCGGAGUGGUAUUAAGCGGCAACACAGUGGCCCGAUGAAGCGGCGUAUGUGACAUCGGAUUUCCUCUCUCUUGCCACCGAGGAGAAGACACCUCGCAGACAUCUUGUUGCCACCGUCCACCACGCCGUCGGUCCUCCAUUCGCUUGGAGGCCAGUGGAGCAGCGACGUCAGAAAAUAAUACGAGCUGCGGUAGCCUUGCGGAAGCGUAACGGUGGUUGGCUUCGGCCAACAGAGGCGAACGAGAUAUCAUGGCGACGAUAGACGGCCGGCCGGCCCAGUAUGGUGUCACGCUUAAGCAACUUCGCGAGCUCAUGGAGCAUCGGGGACGAGAGGGUGUCAACAAAAUCAAUAGCUACGGUGGUGUGCAGGAGAUUUGUAAAAAGCUGUAUACCUCACCCAGUGAAGGUCUUAGUGGGUCAACAGCCGAUAUUCAACAUAGGCGAGAUACAUUUGGUUCCAAUAUGAUACCGCCAAAGCCACCAAAAACGUUUCUACAAUUAAUAUGGGAUGCAUUGCAAGACGUCACGUUAAUCAUCUUAGAAGUAGCAGCAUUGGUUUCAUUAGGUCUUAGCUUUUAUCAGCCAGCGGAUCAUGAGGAAAAACCGUUAAUAGAUGAGGACGAAGCGAAAUACGGUUGGAUCGAAGGACUCGCUAUAUUGAUUUCUGUAAUUGUGGUGGUCUUAGUGACAGCGUUUAAUGACUAUUCCAAGGAGAGGCAGUUUAGAGGUCUUCAAAGUCGGAUAGAGGGAGAGCAUAAAUUCUCGGUUAUUCGACAAGCAGAGGUGAAACAAGUCUCCGUGUCUGACAUUGUCGUCGGCGAUAUCUGUCAGAUAAAAUAUGGAGACCUGUUGCCUGCAGACGGUAUUCUUAUACAAAGCAACGAUCUCAAAGUGGAUGAAUCCAGUCUGACUGGAGAGUCAGAUCAUGUAAAAAAGGGGGAAUCGUUCGAUCCCAUGGUACUUUCAGGUACGCACGUGAUGGAGGGUUCCGGAAAAAUGUUAGUUACUGCAGUAGGUGUUAACUCCCAGGCCGGUAUUAUCUUUACUUUAUUGGGUGCUGCUGUUGAUCAACAGGAGCAGGAAAUCAAGAAAAUGAAGAAAGAGGCUAAAAAGCAGCGGAAGAAGAAGUCAUUACCAGGCGAAGAGGCGGUAGAGAUAACCGGGAACAGUCACGUGAGCGGUGGCGGCGGCGGUGGCGGCGGCGGCGGCGGCGGCGGCGGCGGCGGCGGUGGCGGCGGCAAACACGAGGGUGGCGAAAAUCAUCACGUGACCACUAGUGCUACGAGCUCCAGCGAGAGUAGUAAGAAGGAGAAGAGUGUUCUACAAGCCAAGCUAACGAAACUCGCCAUAUACAUCGGUUACGCUGGCUCGACCAUAGCGGUACUCACUGUCGUCAUUCUAGUCAUACAAUUCUGCGUGACGACCUUCGUCAUUCAGGGCAGGCCGUGGAAGAACACGUACGCCGGUGAUCUAGUGCGGCAUCUGAUCAUCGGUGUGACGGUGCUCGUAGUCGCCGUGCCCGAGGGUCUUCCUCUGGCUGUCACCUUGUCGCUCGCUUAUUCCGUCAAGAAAAUGAUGAAGGACAACAACCUGGUGCGCCACUUGGACGCCUGCGAGACAAUGGGUAACGCCACCGCCAUUUGCUCGGACAAAACCGGCACUCUGACUACCAACCGGAUGACCGUGGUACAGUCGUACAUAUGCGAGAAGAUGUGCAAGACCACGCCGAACUUCUCAGACAUACCGAGCCACAUCGGCGAGCUGAUAAUACAAGCCAUCUCCAUCAAUUCGGCGUACACGUCCCGGAUAAUGGAGUCGCAGGACUCUACUGAAUUGCCGAUGCAGGUCGGCAACAAAACCGAAUGUGCCUUACUUGGAUUCGUGUUAGCCCUGGGCAAGAAAUAUCAAACUGUGCGUGACGACUACCCUGAGGAAACCUUUACGCGGGUGUAUACGUUUAAUAGUGUAAGAAAGAGCAUGUCUACUGUCAUUCCCAGGAAGGGCGGUGGAUUCAGGCUCUUCACCAAGGGCGCUUCCGAGAUCAUCAUGAAGAAAUGUGCCUUUAUAUAUGGUCGCGAAGGACAUCUGGAGACGUUUACCAGAGAGAUGCAAGAGCGUCUGGUAAAGAAUGUGAUCGAACCUAUGGCAUGCAACGGUCUGCGCACCAUCUCCAUCGCUUAUCGCGACUUUGUUCCUGGCAAGGCGGAGAUCAAUCAAGUUCACAUCGACAACGAGCCCAACUGGGACGACGAGGAUAAUCUAGUGAACAACCUCACCUGCCUGUGCAUCGUCGGUAUCGAGGAUCCGGUUCGUUCCGAGGUACCUGACGCGAUUAAGAAAUGCCAAAAGGCCGGCAUCACCGUGCGUAUGGUGACGGGCGACAAUAUAAACACCGCGAGAUCCAUCGCGCUCAAGUGCGGCAUCCUGAAGCCGAACGAGGACUUCCUCAUACUGGAGGGCAAGGAGUUCAACCGUAGGAUCCGAGACAGCAACGGCGAGGUGCAGCAACACCUCCUCGACAAGGUGUGGCCCAAGUUGCGCGUAUUGGCCAGAUCGUCGCCCACGGACAAGUACACCCUGGUGAAAGGCAUCAUCGACAGCAAAGCGACCGAAAGUCGCGAGGUCGUGGCCGUGACCGGGGACGGCACGAACGACGGCCCGGCGCUGAAGAAGGCUGACGUCGGCUUCGCGAUGGGCAUCGCCGGCACGGAUGUGGCCAAGGAGGCCUCCGAUAUCAUUCUGACGGACGAUAACUUCUCGUCGAUCGUCAAGGCAGUCAUGUGGGGCAGGAAUGUCUACGACAGUAUCGCCAAGUUCUUGCAGUUCCAACUGACCGUCAACGUAGUGGCCGUGAUCGUCGCCUUUAUCGGUGCUUGUGCCGUGCAGGACUCGCCACUCAAGGCGGUACAGAUGUUGUGGGUAAAUCUAAUUAUGGACACGUUAGCGUCCCUCGCCUUGGCCACCGAAUUGCCUACGUCCGAUCUUCUCCUCCGUAGACCGUAUGGUCGCACAAAACCACUCAUUUCCAGGACAAUGAUGAAAAACAUUCUCGGUCAGGCCGUUUAUCAGUUGACCGUAAUUUUUAUGCUUCUUUUCGUCGGUGACAAGAUGCUCGACAUCGAAACGGGCCGCGGGGUCGCGGCGGCGGGUGGCGGGCCCACACAACACUUCACUGUCAUCUUCAACACGUUCGUCAUGAUGACUCUCUUCAACGAAUUCAACGCUAGGAAAAUUCACGGUCAACGCAAUGUCUUCCAGGGAAUAUUCACCAACCCCAUCUUCUAUUCGAUUUGGGUCAGCACGUGUUUCUCGCAAGUGGUCAUCAUACAAUACGGUAAAAUGGCAUUCAGCACUAGAGCUCUCACGUUAGAACAGUGGAUGUGGUGCCUGUUCUUCGGAUUCGGUACGCUAUUGUGGGGCCAAGUAGUUACGACUAUUCCUACACGCAAGAUUCCCAAAAUUCUUUCAUGGGGCCGCGGCCAGCCAGAUGAUAUCGGCGCGAUGAAUCUAGGAGACGAGAAAUUCGACCCCGACUCGGAUAAAAAGCCGCGCGCAGGACAAAUUCUAUGGAUCCGUGGUCUUACACGGCUACAAACACAGACGAGCAAUAGAACUCUGGUGCAGAAUGUAUCUGUGACAGGCAGAUCCCCUUCUCAGGAUUACUACAUGCUUCGAGUAAUCAGAGCGUUCAAGUCGACUCUGGAAGAUCUGGAGGAGCGUCGCUCUGUCCAUAGUUUACACAGCUUACACAGUAUGCGCAGUUCACGCAGCCACACCGGGCCCCGACCACUCUCUGACUUCACAUACAUUGACGAAGACCCGACAAACACCGCGCAGAACGCCGCCAACAGGUCCUCCUCCAAUAGGAGUGCCGAGCCGAGUCAGGAUUACGAGACAAACUACAGAGGAUCCAGGAUGCAGUCCCUCAACAGCCCCGCCUCGCCGUUGUUGCUGAGCGUGACCGGACCGGCCAACGCGUACAAUCAUCAUUACACCAUCAACACCACUACCGACAAUAGAUUCCCCUCCAGUAACGCCCUCAAUCAGCCCCUGAGCCCCAACCAUACGGCGCAGACGAGCAGUAAUCGAGACAACACCGGGAAUUCCCUGCUUCUGAGUUCCAACAACUUGGUGCUACCGGAGCUGACCAAGCUCGUGCACGAGACCAGCAUCUAAGAACUCUCUCUUUCUCUCUCUCUCUCUCUCUCUCUUUCUCUCUAUCUCUCUAUCUCUAUCUUUCACUAUCUCUAUCUCUCCCUCCCUCUUCUGAGUGUCGUCUCAUCGUACACCACCUCCCAUUCCUCUACAUCUUGUUUCGUCGCCUUUGAUCGUCACUCUUCUCCGCGUUCGCUUCGUGUUGCGCGAUAUCUCUCUUUCUUGUCUCGAAUUUACCUGUUUCUCUCGUUCGACGUCUCUUAUCCCGAUCCUUCUUCUCUUUCCCCUCCCCAUUCUCUCUUUCUCUCUUUCUUCGUGAUUUAUCUUCCUCUACUGUGUAGGAGGAUUUGUAUAUAUACUCUUCCGCUCUCUGCGGUCUUGUCCUUGUACAUUCCGCGAGACUCAGUCUCGCCCGAUUUCGCCGUGACGAGACGGCGAGUGUUUCGUCGCGAGGAUCGGUCAGCGAGAAACGGGGAAUCGUCCGCGCGGACGGUACGGCCAGUACGGACCUCCGCGAUUCGUUUCCUCUCCCCCCUCUUUUGAACUCUAUCGUCGUCUCUUUCCGCCUCUCCUUCGCGAGGAUGUACUUACCAUAACUCUGCUCGUUCCGGUCUCAUCAACUUCUUUCUCUCCCUUCUUCUAGAUCUUUCUCUUUCUCUCACUCUCUUUCUCUCUGGUGCUCUCUCGUUUUCUCCCCCCUCCCCUUCCCUCCCCCGGUUCCCCAACUCCCUGUCGGAAGAGAUCUUACCAUUCGUUCAACGGGGACGGCGGAACUGAUCUGAUCUCAAGAGAGAUCAAACCGUGUCGAUUCUGAAUACGCCUACACAGAUGAACAAGGCGGGGCAUUCGCAAAUCGUGCGCUACUGAACAAGUAAACAAAUGUACUUAACGCGUGACUUUUGCGAAAUGUUGAUUGGGCUUGGGAGGAAUAGCGGAGGAACUGGUGACAGGGGUGGGUCGCGUCGACUGUGAGGGAAAUCCUCGCGCCCGCGAACUGAAUCAUCGCGAUGGUUUGCGAAUGACACGUUCUCGUGCAUGGGCCACACUAUCUGAUAUAUUUAUAUAUAUAUAUAUAUGUACAUAUAUAUAUAUGUAUAUAUAUAUAUAUAUAUAUACACACACACAAGUCCCGCUUUCUACCCGCUUCACCUCUGUACUCGACUGUGUUCCGGGUGAGAGUACUAUUUUCGUCGUCAGGACAGCGAAAACUCGCGCUAUGUCGCAUAGUCGCGUGGUUUUCUCCCUCUAUUUUUCUUUGGUUUUCCUUUUUUCUUUCUGCACUGGGCGCCGGGUGGCGCAGGGAGACUGUACGGGUUGGAGGAACAUAAGGGGUUAAUUAACAUCAUUAUUCAAUUAAGUUUUGCAUCGUUACCCGGUAAUCGUACAUAUCUUUUUUUUGUUGUUCUCGAGUAGCGUAAUAACCGGGGAAACGUUUUCACGUAGCAUUUCCGGGCGUCCACCAGGAUGGAAGAUACAACUGGGAAAGCAUUGUCGCUCGUAGAAUACUCGGUGCUAAUUAAGGCGAUAAUGCUGGCAAAAAGAUGGGGCGCCUCCGUGGAGAAUGAAAAUAGUACUCCACACUCGUUCUCGAAAACAACGUAGACAGCGCUUCACGUGCUUGUCCGCUCGUAACUGACCCUUCCUCGUGCAAUCGUUUACUUAUCUACCCGCAUAUCUACCUAUAACUACACUUACCGACCAGCAAUUGGUGAUAAAAUAGCAAUCUACGCUAGUUAGAUCUUCAUCCACGUUGAUCCUUCGCAGACUAAGUGUAGACCGCGUAGGUCCAAGCAAAGAGCACGUAGCUCGUCUUAUAUUUACUGUGUAUUCUUGUUUAGGUCUAGGGAAGCACUAUAUAACUAUAUCGUCUACUAUGGUAAGGCUGCGAAAGGAACCCGCACAGGGUCAAAGAGAUAAUCUCCUCAAAGUCAAUAUUCGAUAUCGCGAUAGAAGAAAAUAAUGAUUCGAUUCCAACGGAGAAUCGUCUCACAAGGGACCACUUCUCUUUCUUGCGUUCACAAUCGCUCAAUCUCUCUCUCUUUCUCUCUCUCUCUCUCUCUCUCUCUCUCUCUCUCUCUCUCUCUCUCUCUCUCUCUCUCUCCUUGAGUAUUCGCCAAUUCGAUGGUCGGUAGUGGUAACAUUUAUACACACUCGUCCGCUUGUCUGUUUGAGAUUGAAUGUGAAGGGUGUCUGUUCGUUUGACCGCGCGAUGUAAAUGUGUGCCGAUGGGGUUCGUCGCAGAAAACUAUAACGAUGACGACGACGAUGACGACGACGUCAGCAACGUCACUAAUCUACCUCGACAGAGUGCGGCUGUCCUUGACGAUCGUCGCGGACUGACACUACUAACUGCCCUUGGUGCGAGCACGAUUGACGAAGAAAAAAAAAAAGAAGAAGAAAACUAACUUCCGUCGUCUCCCGGCGGGGAAUAAGACGCGCGUGUUUCGAUCGGCGGUCCGCCUCGCGCCGCGUCGGGGGGUAUUUUCGUCUCGGGGCUGAAUGUACUUAGAUAUAUACCUUGACUCGAUCUCUUCUACUCUCGCGACUUUACCGUCACUCCUCGUGACGCGGAGCCAGGUCUCUACGUGCUUCGCAACACGAUGCGCCCACUUGGAAGGCCGAGGCCACGAUCAAAAGAACUCCCUUCCCCGGAAGUUGAUAAUGAGAAGACGCCUUAUCUCAUCUCGCCCGUCAUAAUUCAAUUUCUGCAACGCUUGCCAGCGGAGUCGUCUCAUCGGCUCUUUUCGACUUAAAAAUUCAUCGCGGAGAAGAAGAUGGGCGCUUUCAUUUCCUUCAACGUGGCUAUCGUGCGACCAAUCUGGCACCGCUCCACGAGUCCCCUCCCCACUUGGAAUCUUGUCUCUUCGACUGGAAUCCUUGAUUUUAUGACAAAUCCCGAACACGCUGAUGUCCCGUUGUCUCCCUCUAUCUCUCUCUUUCUCCCGGUGUCUCUCUCCUCCUCUUCAUCUCCCCGUCUGUUUCUUUCACUUUUGAUCUGCAUCUUUGUCUCUUCUUGCUCCAACACCGUUCGGAUAAUCGAAUUCUGCGAGACUCCCGGCAGGCUCCUCGCGCACGGAACGAGGAUCUCUACUUGUCUCUUCCCUCCUCUCUCUUUCUCCUCUUCUCUCUUUCACUCACUCACACAAACAUACAUAUACAGAUACAUAUGACUGCUCGGGAGAAAUUGCGGGGGCUCAGAGACAUUGGGAAGCGUCCGACAGAAAUCCUAUCCUCACUUUAUCGCUACAGCGACAAAAGAGAACAUGAAGGAAAAAAGAAACUUCUGUUAGGACCUGGUUCCGUCGUGG